AUGCAUAUUUUCAAUUUUAACUCAUACUAAAUUCUCACUAUUGUUUAUUUCUGAUUGCUUUCCAUUUCAUAAAGACUUAAAUUUAUAUGUUAUUUUUUUUUACUAGAUAUUUUCAGCUCAUUAGUUGUUGCGAUUUUCUUUUUUAUAUGAAAUGAUUGUAGGGAUCAAGCAGAGAUAAUUGAAUUGGUUGUCAAAAGGGUCCUGGAUGAACUGGUCAGUAGCAUGCACUUGGCUGAAUGCAAACACCCUAUCGGUAUAGAUUCUCGUGUACAAAAUCUAUUAACUCGAUUAAGUAUUGGUUCCAAUGAUGUUCAAUUCAUAGGAAUAUGUGGUUUCAGUGGCAUUGGGAAGACAACGAUUGCUGAGGCUGUUUAUAAUCGCAUCCUUUCAACAUUCAGUAGGCAUAGUUUUAUUUCAGAUGUUGGUAAACAAGCAAUGCAAUGCAUGGGUCUUGCUUCUUUGCAAAAGCGACUUCUUAAAGAUAUUUUCAAAACAGAAGUUGAUAUAGGUCAUUAUCGUCAAGGGAAAAAAUUGAUAGAACACCGACUUUGCAAAGAAAAAGUUCUUAUUGUUCUUGAUAAUGUGGACAUUAUAGAACAGGUAGAUGCUUUGGCCGGUGAACUUAAUUGGUUUGGUCAAGGAAGUAGGGUCAUAAUAACAACCACUUCUGAACAUAUCUUGAAUGUGGCUAAAGUUGAUAAAGAUAAAAUCUAUUGGCCUCAAGAGCUGGACGAGGAGGAAUCUCUUCAACUAUCUAGUUUGCAUGCCUUUUCACUGGAUGAACCUCCUAAAGAUUAUAUUCAACUUUCACAUGAUAUAGUACGCUAUUCGGGAGGGUUGCCUUCAAUUCUAGAGGUGUUGGGGUCUCACCUGUCGGACAUAAGCAGCAAAGAAGAGUGGAAAAGUACAUUGCGAAAAUUGAAGGCUGGUAAAGUUUCUAUCUCCACUCUUGCAUCUCUACGCAUACAGAAAAAUAACACAUCUAUGAAAGACAAUAACUCUGGUUGGCGCUCAUUACUUCAUGGAACCAAUGGAAACAAAACCCCUAUUGCUAGGGUAUCUAAAUCCACCGGCGGAUAUCGAAAUGUCUCCACAGCUACUCUUAGAGUUGGUAAGCGGUUCAGAACAAAAGCAAAGAUCAAAGCUGCAUUAUCUAAAAUCACCGGAAGAUAUCUGAAUCAAAACGGUUCUAUAGCUACUGAUAGACUUGGUAAGAAGUUCAAAAUAGCAGAGAUCCGAGCUGCAACAAAGAAUUUUGAUGAAUCAUUGGUGAUCGGAGUGGGUGGGUUUGGUAGAGUUUACAAGGGUGUACUAAAUGACGGCACUCUUGCAGCAUUCAAGCAUACCAUUCUGCAACCUAAACAAGGUCUGAUAGAAUUUGACAGAGAGAUUGAGAUGCUAUCAAUGCUGAGGCAUAGGAAUGUGGUUUCCAUGAUUGGGUUCUGCAAGGAUGAGAUGACUUUGGUUUAUGAGUAUAUGGCAAAUGGAGAUCUCACAAAGCAUCUCUUUGGGAAUGAUCUCCCACCAUUGACAUGGAAGCAGAGACUAGAGAUUUGCAUAGGUAUUGCACGAGGGCUUCAUUACCUCCAUACAGGGUCAGAGAGGGGUAUAAUCCAUAGGGAUAUUAAGACAGCCAACAUACUAUUGGAUGAGAAGUUUGUAGCAAAGAUAUCUGAUUUUGGAUUAUCAAAACCAGGUCCUGCAUUAGGUCAUACCCAUGUUAGUACUGUUGCAAAGGGAACCCCUGGAUAUAUUGAUCCAGAAUACUUCCGAAGGCAGCAAUUGACUGGAAAGUCUGAUGUUUACUCUUUUGGUGUAGUACUGUUUGAGGUUGUUUGUGCUCGACCUGCCAUGGAUAAAAAAUUGCUAAUAGAGCAGGUCAACCUUGUAGAAUGGGCACUCCAGUGGCAAAGACAACAGGGAUCACUUGAAACCAUUGUGGAUCCACGGCUUGAAGGGAAUUACUAUCCAGAAUCAUUGAAGAAUUUUGGGGAAAUCGCAGAGAAAUGUGUUGCCGAUGAGGGUAAGAACCGACCCACAAUGUGGGAAGUGUUGCAGGAUUUGGCGUACUUCUUGCAACUGCAUGAAACUUGGUUAAGAGACAAGGUUGGGGAUGAAUAUUUCACCUGCUCCUCAUUGGUUGGUACAGUUGAGUUUGGGGAUUCAAGAAUCGGAAUCGGUUCCGCCUUGGUUGGAAAUGAUGAUUCUACUGGGGAAGAAUACUUCACCUGCUCCUCAUUGGUUGGUACAGUUGGGUGUGAUGAGUUCUUUGAUCUUGUUAACCUUCAAGGUGGGUUAGAAUGAGGGAUAAUUUUCAAUUAUUGGAUUCAGAUGUUUACGUUCUUAAAAAAGUUC